CGGGUGGAAAGAGUUAGAGACGCGGCCGAGAAACUGCCGCCGCCGCCGCCGCCCGUGUGCUGUGUGGCCGCCGCUGCGCGUGAGCCCGAGGCGCCGCGGUUGCUUUCGGCCCCGCCUUCACCUUCCGAACUCGGUUUAAGCCGCUGCUCGGCCUCUCGCCGAGCGAUGGAGAAGAUCCAACCGGAGGCCCAGAACGGAGAGGCCGAGCCGCCGCCGCCGCCGCCGCCGCCGUCACAGGGGGAUCCCAGCUCGGAGGGGGAGGCCGCGAAACUAAAGCCCACGCACGAGGAGAAACCCGCCUUACCGGGCGGGGAACCCGCGGGGGAAGAGGACGCCGGGCCCGAGGUGUGCGAGCAGCAGCAUUCGGAGGCCUGUCAGACCGAGCGCUUCGGGCGUUCGUUCAGAAGACGGGAGUCUCUGUCUCCGCGAAAGGGCUCCGCGUCCCGGAAGCGGGACAGCGCGUCGCCCAAGAAGCGGGAGCCGUCAGAAAAGUCACCCCGGAAAUGCAAGGGUCACCGAAAAGCCGGACAUAGGCAUGCUCACUUCCUUCAUGGCCCAUCUCCUGAUACACACUUUGGACCUAAAGCCUCCAUUUUACAUACUUCUACCUCAAUUAUGCACAUCCAGGAUCCAACAAGUCAAAGACUGACUUGGGACAAGCCACCAACAAAUGUACUGGUCAUCAAAAAGGUCCGAGAUGAGACCCUUCUGGAGCCAUUCAAAGAGCUAUGUCGCUUCCUUAUUGAGGAGAAGGACUUGGUUGUGUUUGUCGAGAAGAAGGUGGUGGAGGAUGCUUUGCUAGCUAAAGAUAAGACGUUUGAAGUCAUCAGACAAAAGCUAAGCCCCUUUAAGGAAGGUUAUGAUGAUCUAUCUGGCUACAUAGAUCUGAUCAUUUGUCUAGGUGGUGAUGGAACUCUGCUAUAUGCUUCUUCACUCUUCCAGACCAGUGUCCCUCCAGUCAUGGCAUUCCAUCUCGGCUCGCUUGGGUUUCUCACCCCUUUCAAGUUUGAGUCCUACAGAACAGAAGUGACCAACGUGAUUGAGGGAGAUGCUGCAAUCAUUCUCAGGAGUCGUUUAAAAGUGAAAGUGGUCAAGGACAUAAAACUAGCGGAGUCAGAAAAGCUAUAUCAAGUGGAGAAUGGGCUAAUUCCAAAGAAACAUAUUGACAGUGAGUCUGGAAAGACCAUCCUGCAAGUUCAUGUGUUGAAUGAAGUGGUUGUUGAUCGAGGCCCAUCGUCGUACCUCUCUAAUGUGGAUUUAUAUUUAAAUGGGAGACACAUCACAUCUGUUCAGGGAGAUGGUGUCAUAGUGUCGACACCAACUGGAAGUACAGCUUAUGCUGCAGCAGCUGGAGCUUCUAUGAUGCAUCCAAAUGUCCCCGCCAUCAUGAUCACCCCCAUUUGUCCUCACUCACUAUCGUUCCGACCCAUUGUGGUACCAGCAGGAAUGGAGCUAAAGAUAAUGUUGUCACCUGAUGCCAGAAACACAGCUUGGGUGUCAUUUGAUGGCAGGAGCAGACAGGAGAUUAAACAUAGUGACAGUAUUACAGUAACAACUUCAUGCUACCCAGUGCCAUCCAUUUGCUGCUAUGAUCUUGUCUAUGACUGGUUCGAAGGUCUUGCAGAGUGUCUGCACUGGAAUGUGCGUAAAAAACAGAGUCGCCUUGAAGAAAUUACAGACUCUUCAGACACUGAGUGUUAAUUUAUUUGGAUGUAUCUUUCUUCCUCCAUUGCUGUGCAAGAGAGAUGACUCCUUGAGGACUUGCACACAGAAUUAACAGGUGUUCUUCAAAGUAUUUUCUGGACUUUCAGUCUCACUGACUAGUGGGUUGUCCAUUAGUUUUAACGUGUGCUACCUAAUUAACAUUCCAUCAGAGACUUUUUUUGCAUGAAUAAUCCAGAAGCAUUUAUUUGGAUUCGAUUUGAAAGUAAGCAAGUAAUGAGGAUGCACCAACUAUUUUAGUACAGACUUGAGAUGUUUGUUAAUUAUAUCUAAUGUAAAUGGUCUGUUAUAAAAAUAUAAUUUUGUACAAUAGAGUGCAUCCAUCUUGGAACAAAAUAUUUGUUAAGACAAUAUUUUUAAUAUUAGCUACAAUAUGGUAUCUGUUCAGGUUACUAAAGUUCAGUUGCAGUAUUAGGUUGACCUCGUCAAAAUAGUGUGAAAAUGCUUCUCUUGUGAAAAUAUUUGAAAGAAUGAGAUUUGAGGUAUGCUUUGUAUUAUCAGACACAAUUGUAUCACAUGAAUUUUGGAUUUAUAUAAACUUAGGAAUCGGUAGGAUCUAUUGUUGAUCGUUUCUAUCUAAUAUGUAGUUCAAUGUUAAGUGAUGAGUACUUAUUCUAUGCUGCUGAACUUUUAAAUGAGAUCUUCAUCCUUUGUAUAGUAUAGUGAAUUCAUCUCUCAUUUCUGAGAUGAAAGUCUUGACUUACCUUGGCUUAGUGGCCUUACAUAAAUUGCCUCAAUCCAGUUGCAGAGGUUUUGUUGCUGCAAGGUAAGGAACAUUUUAUUGCAUCUUGCUACUGGGUGUCCAAAGUGGGAAAGUGUCCCAUUUUCUAACUCCACCUCUCCCUCAUGAACACAUUGAACAGCAAUGUGAACGAGGGCUACAGUAGUGGGAAAAAGAAAGCUGUAAACAGUUUUAAAAAAUGUACAUUACAAAUGUAAAGAUUCUGCAUAUUCUCUUUUGCUCAAUGCUUAAUUAUACGUAACAACCACUGUAAUAAGUCACUCUUUCAUUUGCACAUCAGGUUUACUAACCUGAAAACAUUUUCAAUAAACCUAAUUUAAGCUUU